AUGAGAGUGCCAAUAGAAUUUUCUACAGUGAUCCAUCAAACGAUGACUUACAGCACGUCUCAGAGUCCCUUCCUAGGGGAGCAUAACGAUAAUAAACCGAAAAAACAUAGAGGUUUUGACCAUGGUGUCAUGCUCGAAUUACUUCAGUCGAAAUUGAAGGAUUUGACAUAUCGUAAAUCAGAUUGUGCUGCUCCUUUAUUAGAUCAUCUUGUGACCGAAUGUAUCUAUUUGGUGGAGGCUCUGCUUUCAAGAGGUACAAUAGUAAAGUGCCAACUACUCGGACGUUCAUGGCAAUGGGUGAAUUUCAUGGAAAGGGUUAAGGAAAAUUUCUACUUGAACAGCUUUGCAUGCUUGGAAACUCUUAAAGAAAUUCUAUUAUAUAUAGACGAGAAUAUCCUACUGGAUUGUCUACAUGAGACCUUUGAAAAACUUUUCAACAAAAAAAAAAGAGUACAGAAGAGUUUCGGACUUUCGGCUGAAGAAGAAAAAGAAGGAUAUGUAAUGUUACGGAAAAUUGUUAUAACACCAACCCGUAUGAUUCUGAUGCCGAGCGAGAUGGUUAUGGGAAAUCGUGCAGUGAGGUCUGCUUCGAACAGCUCCAACAAGCAUGACGCAUUUUUGCGCAUAUCUUAUAGAGAUGAAGAUGGAAAAAGACUUAAUUAUUGGAGGAAAAAUCCCAAUGUAGUAAUCCGUACAAUUAUCGAUACGUUCACCGAAGGAAUUAUAGUUACUGGUAAAAAGUAUUACUACAUUGGUGGCUCCUCCAGUCAGCAGAGGGAACAUGGUGUAUACUUCAUGUUGGGAAUUCUGGAUUCACACGCAGCUAAGUUGAAUUCACAUAGUAGGGAUCAUUCAUGUAUGUAUAGUAUUCUGAAGUUCCGAAAAAAACUAGGAAGGUUCGAGAGCUUGAAUAGUAUACCGAAAGUGAUGGCUCGAUUAGGUCAAUGCUUCACUCAAUCUAGAGAAACAGUAGUGAAAAUACAGCGGCAUGAAUACGAAAGGAGACAUGACAUUAUCGGUGGAUCAAAUGAGAAAGGUGAGCCAUACACAUUUUCUGAUGGAGUCGGUACAGUAAGCUGUGAGUUUGCUGAUAAAAUGACCUGUGACCUAUCGUUGGAUAGUACCCCUGGAUGUUUUCAAAUACGAUUCAGAGGAAUGAAGGGAGUAUUGUCGGUAGAUCGCUUCUUAGAUGAUAAUGCUGCAUGGUUUAAAGAACAUGGGAUUCAAAGUAGAGAGGGAUCAGGUGCUAAGUUAUGCAUGUUCCGAUAUAGUCAAGAAAAAUUUGUUGCAAAGAGAUACGAUUUACAGCCGCUAGAAGUGGUGAAGCAUUCUGGAGUCUCCUCUAUGUGUCUCAACAAGCCUCUGAUAGCAGUUCUGGACUUCGCAACUGAAACAAACAAAACUGUUCAUGAUAGAAUCAGAAAUCGUAUUAGAAGUCUUUUGGAUAUGGAUUUGAAAAAUAUUGCGAAGCAAUUAUCCUCAGAUUUUCAUUGUCGACAGUGUCUUCGAAGCUUCCCUAAACGAAUUAACAUCGAUUUGCUUGAUGAACGUACAGGCUUGAAUCUUUUCUUUGAGCCGUUUUUCCGAGGAUUGUUGCUGGCUAGUGCAUAUGACUCAAUUACUAGACAAAUGCAGAAGCUUCGAAUAGCUGUCCCAAAUCACUUAGGAAGAGGAAUGAUGGGAGUUAUGGAUGAAACGGGUUUUUUACAGUCUGGACAAGUUUUUUUCCAAUAUACGUCUUCAUGCUCGUCAUAUAAUCCAAAGCGUAAUUGUGCCACCAUUGUCCACACAGGUCCUGUUAUGAUAACAAAGAGUCCAACGAUGGUUCUGAGUGAUUUACGCUUGUUUGAGGCUGUGGAUAUACCAGAGCUUCAUCAUCUGAGGGAUGUUAUUGUUUUUCCGCAACAUGGCCCGAGGCCUCAUCCUGAUGAGAUGGCAGGAUCUGAUUUGGAUGGAGAUGAAUACUCGGUUAUUUGGGAUCCAGAGCUAAUGCUGGAAAAAAAUGUUCCCGCAAAGUCAUACAUGAGCCAGUCGCCUAAAUACAACAAGGAAACUACUAAACACGUUGACACUUCAAAUAAUGAGAACGUAACAGGUCCAAGUCAGCCCUGGGAAGGUUCUGAAAUGGAUUUAGAGAAAUUGAACUCAUAUUGUGCUGAUUUCUUUGUCAAUGUUAUCACACAAGAUGCUAUUGGGCAUAUAUCAAACUGUCACCUGUUCAAUGCUGAUACAUACCAUAUAACUUCUAAAGUUUGCGAAAGUCUUGCCUCUAAAGCUGCAGUUUCAUUAGAUUUCGCAAAGACCGGCAUUCCAUCAGAAAGACUAACUAGGAACUGGACUAAAGAUAUAAAUGGAAAUUGGGGUCCACCUGAAUCUGUUGAGUAUUAUCCCGAUUACAGUAAUAGUAGAACGUAUAGACCCAUGUAUGCGAGUGACCGGUGGGUUGGUGAGCUAUACAGAGAAGUGAGAAAAAUCGAAGAAUACAUUGCUGAUGAAUUGAAGGAAGAGCCUGUUAUUGAAAUAGAUCAUCUUAUGGUAGAGGAAGGAUGGGAGAGUUAUGAAGCAGAUGCGACGUUUUCGUUCAAUUGCUAUCUCAAUGAAAUACGGUCAGUGAUGAUCUCAUAUCGUAUACGUUAUGAAUCCGAGUUGUUUUCCGGUUUUGUAAGAGAUAACGCCCACAAGAUGGGAGAAAAAGGUACGGAUGAUCAGUCUUAUUACAAUAUCAAGCAGGUCAUCGACAAACGUGUUUCGAAUAUUUUCAGAAAGUACAGAGCGAGUUUCUUCGAAGAAUUUGGAGGUUAUAGACGUUAUACUCAAUCUAAAUACCGUUAUGAAGAGUCUACCGAUGUUCUUAAACGGAAUGUAGUUAUAUUCACUCCGGAAAUGAAAAGAAAAGCCUCUGCUUAUUAUAUGGUCGCCUAUAAACAUGCUUUGAGUACAGGAGAACGUUUCUUAUCGUUCGGUUGGCUACUUUACGAGAUAAAUUCCGACAACCGUUUAUCCAAGAUUUUACAGUCACCCGAUCACUUGUUAACUGAGGGUGUUCAUACAGAAUCUAUUGACAUGAGAAUUCGAUCAGCCUGUGAAAAAGUUAUAUCGUCAGAACCCCAGAAAUUCGAAUCUUUUGCACUGUCUCUCAAAACAGAUUUCAACUUAGAACAGUACUGUUCAAAGUACUCAGGUCUCAUGGAGAUCCUAUUUGCUCUACGGGAGUGGGCUGAUAAUUUGAAGUUACUUGAUGGUCGGUUUACGGAAAAGCAUUUAAUGCACUUGUUCUUGGCGUUCAGCCUCAAACGCUUCGGUAACACCAGGACUACAGCUGACAUUCAGUUUGAAGAAAUUGAGAAAACAGUACCAGUGCAGCAAUUAGAAGAAGAAAAAGUAGUCUUAGAAGAACCUUAUAAACUUUUGCUCUCUUUCUUUGAGUUUAUAAGUUCUUUAAACUUCAAGAAAAUAGAGAGUAUCAAUUUUUCACAUACUGGAUUCGUAUCAGUUUUGACGAGGGGUGAAUGGAAACCACUGCACGAAGAAGCUCUGAAAUCUUAUUAUAGGCUACUAAUAUCUCUGAAAUUCAUAAUCGUGCCAACCAUCGAGGACGGUGACGUUUAUGAAACGAUAAUCGAUGGAAAUCCCUUUUGCAUGCUUGUUCCUGAAGAUGAGCGCGAUGAAAUAGCUGGUAUGCUAAAAAAUGCUUCAGGUAUCACAGAAAUUUCAACUAGACUUAUGAAUGAUGAUACCAUGGUGGUCAUGGCUCGAGGUACUAGUAGUGCUCUCAGAAAACUUAGGGAUAUCGCAGUAGUGAGAGUAGAUAAGUAUUACUCUUCGUGGAAAGCUGAGGAGCACGAACUGCAUGAUUACUUGAUAAAGAAGACUAUGGAAAAGUUAAAACCUUUUCGACAAUUGUGA